GAGCGCGCACGCACUUCUCGUGGGGACAGAGAGAGAAAAGAGAGAGGGAGCCGUGUGAUUUGUCUUUGUAGCCCACUGAAUGAAGAGUUCAGGCCGGCUUGGCUGCUGCCUUCUCUUUUAUAUAAGCAGAGUUUGCACGCUGUAAAUAGCCUAAUAAGCCGGUUACACUUUCCGCACCGCACUAUCUCGGUUCCUUUUUGUUUUGUGGAAGCGGUCGGGCCACUACCAAUGCACCUUUAAGCCAUUUUUUUAUUUUUUUGAAGACAACAAAAGCAUCAGGUCCGGCGUUGCUCUUCUCUUCUCUGCUCUUUUCUUCGGGGGAUUUCAAGUCACAUUUAUCACUCGGGGAUUUUUGCAACACGAAAAAAAAAAAAGAAAAAAAAAGCGAAUAACCGAAUAAUCUAUUGGCAGAGCGCGCGCGUCCCCUUGUUCCACUUCCACACAUCCAGGGGGGAUCUAUUAUUAUUAUUAUUAUUAUUAUUAUUUUUAUUAUUAUAGUCGUUUUUCCUCAAAACCUCCUCAGCGACCAUGGCUGCUGUAACAAGCCCGGAGACGAGCCCACAACCUCGGGUAUAUUUCCAGACGCCGGCCGGCACCACGGAGGAACCGGAGACACCCGUGAGGAAGCAGGGACGCGUAACCGUCAAAUACGACCGUAAGGAGCUGAGGAAGAGACUGAACCUGGAGGAGUGGAUUAUCGACCAGCUAACGGACCUCUACGACUGUGAGGAGGAGGCCAUCCCAGAGCUUGAAAUAGACGUGGAUGAAUUGCUGGACAUGCCCAGUGAUGUUGAACGAGCUGCCAGGGUCAAGGACUUGCUGGUUGACUGUUUUAAACCCACUGAGGACUUCAUCUCAGAGCUGCUCGACAAGAUUCGAGGGAUGCAGAAGCUCUCCACACCUCAGAAGAAAUGAUGGCACCCCCCACCUACCCACCCUCCCUCCUCCAUCCCAUACCCCCCCGCCCUUCCUCUUCCUCCUUCUCAUUCCUUGCAUCUCGCCCACACCUCAGCCCUCACCUUUUGUCUUCCUGCUACUACCUGUUCUUUCAUCGUACCGCCCCUCACUUCUCUUCCUUGCAUCUCUAUUUUUUCGAGGGAUUCAUGAGACACUUUAACUGGACUGUGUUCCCUCCUCUUUCUGCCCCCCCUCUUCACGUUGCCUGGAUUAAGCCCCAUAAAUUGCAGUUUCUUUUUCAUCCACACUUUAAAAAAACACUCAUGAUUGUCUGAACCUUUGAGGAAAGGAUGUAAAAUUACCAAGUGAAACUGACGUGUGAUUUAUCAGUCUUAAUCCAGGCACUCCUCCUUCAUUCCUUUGGCUUUGCUCUUCUUCUUCUUCUUCUUCUUCCUCGCUCGGCUCCUCUUCCUCCCACCCUCCAUCUGUCCCCGGCCUACAACAGCAACAACCAGAAGAUGAAGAAGAUGAUGAUGAGGAGGAGGAGAAAAGGAGCUAAGAUCAGUCCCGUAAUUACAAAGACAAAGUCGGCCAAGAAAAUUGCGGAGGGUGAACGAUUCUGGAGGAGGAGGGAAUGGUACAGACGAAGCAGCCAAUCAGCUUUCAGCUUUGGCCUAAACUUCGCUCAAGGAAUUCAGAUUUAUCCGAAAAAAACCCACAAUUGAACUCGGAGUGCGUCCACUUUUUUAACAUCUUCUAGUUCAGUUUGAGGGCGUGGGGAUCGACUUUAGGUUUUCUAUUAUAAAACAAUAUCGUUUUCGAGGUCAGUAAAUCUCCGUCUGCUAUUUUCCCUUCUAUUCAGAGGCAUUUGCUACAGUGGUGGAUUUGAAGACUUCUUUUUUUUUUUUUUUUCCAAAAGACUUGUCUGUUAAGAAUCUGCACUGUGUCAUUUUGGGAAGAAAAUUUGAACCACCAAGAAUAAUGUAUGUUAUAUCUUUGGUUCGGUGGAGGAAAAUGUAACUCCUGGAAAUAGCAGUUGAACCUAAAAACAAAACAAGAAAAAAA